GUCAAUAUGGUUGUUACUUUUUUGUCUGUUGAGACAGUACAGUUCUUUUGUUAUUAAUUUUGUCUUACUUCUCGGUUACCUCGUUUGACUUGUUUAAAUUGUCCCACCUUAUCGAACUCUAGUCCGUGUGGAAUGCUUGUAUGACGUGGAUUGAUCACGAUCCAGCGACACGGACGACCUGUCUUCCCGCGCUGUUGUCGCACGUUCGCCUGCGGCAUCUGGGUCAGGACUUCCUGAAAACUCAACUCACUCAGAACUCUUACAUCCAGGAAAAUCGUUUGGCUCAAGACAUGAUCAGACGCACCUUGGCUGGUGGGACGGAUCAGGCACCUCGCCCGGCUACUCUAAAACGUCCCACGUUGAUCGUAUUGGGUGGUCUGAACAGCUGCAUCCUGAAUUGCAUGCAGUCAUUUUCUCCCACAAAGACCUCGUGGUUGCCAUGCCCUUCAAUGCCAGUGGAUAGUUUGGCUUGGUUCUCUGUUGCUGUAGUCUCCAAUAUUCUGUUCGUAAUCGGAGGUAUCAAAGCUGGGAACAUCAUGUCCACCGUGUAUUCCUAUUCACCAUCCCUCGGUCUUUGGUCAGAGUGCUGUCCAAUGCCCCAGGCCAGGGCACGUCACGCGGCUGUCGCAGUGGGAAGUUCGCAUAUAUUCGUUUUCGGUGGAAUAACACUUACGCAACGUGGCAUAGAUCUGUCCAGAAACGGUGGUUCUGAUCCAAUCCAUGUGGAAGAUGGCAGACUCGAUCGAAUUGUGCCGAAUUCGUAUCAGCGCACAGCCGGCAGCGUACCGAUAGUGAGCAUAGCAAAUACAAUUAUUCGCUAUGAUCUGUGCACUGAUUCGUGGUCCACAGUUGGGCGAUCUGGCCAGCCUAGGCUGGAAUCCCGCGUUGUGGUCGUGGAUGAAGGAGGCAGCGGUGGCAGUUUGACGGCCAGUCCGCCACCCGUCGAACUCUCUCCGUGUGUCGUUGACUGCACGUUUGGUCCAGACGGUUCCAAUUUAUCGGUUUCUGGUGAGCUAGCUGCAUCCUCGAAUGAAGUCCGUUCUUCUGGGAACUUCGUACGGGACAAUGGUCACCGACGCCGCCACUUGUCAUCACACACGCACGCCGAGCGUACGCUGGUCGAAAUCGGUGGGGUUUCCGAAACGCACCCCCAGGGUACCGAUCAAGUGAUGUUGUACAGCCUCCGUUCAGACUUAACUGUCACUCCCACGGGGGACUACAUCAAACUUCCACAGGCUUCACGGUAUAUUAAUGCGACUGUUCGACAGGAACUCUUGUCAUUGAGACCACCAAAGGUCAUAGUGGUUCUCUGCUAUCCAGCAAAGGAUAACGUUUGGACUGUCGGCCAGAUUACUUCACACAACAAUUCCAUUGAACACCACCUUUCGCCCGGACUACUGGACUACAACAGAGAAUGCAUAUCUCUACUCGAGCGUCAUCACGCCGCUGAUACUGACGAACUUCCGUCCACUCUGUUUAAGGACGGUGGUGAAUUUUCUAGCCAGUGUCUGUCUAACCUAUUUGCGCCCACCUGGGAGAAUGAACCCGUCUCAGACAACUUGGGUCAACCGAUAAGUGUUUAUGUUCGAAAACGGUAG